AAAUCGAACCGUUGGCUUUGGUCGGUUGGGAGUCCACCCCCACACACUUUCUCAAAAGACACGCGCUGCCAUGCCACACCCGAAACCAAUCCCUCUCCCCCAAAUCCCAUAACGGUCUCUCCGUCUUCCUCAUUCUUCUCUGCAACUCUCACUCUUCACUCUAAACCCUAACAAACCAUCAACCACAGUGCAUUCAAUUUCUGUAGCUGACAGCACGAUUUGAAUCUCACCUUUCUACUGUGAUCGAUUCCGAAUUUUCCAUAAUUUUUUUGAAUUUGUUUUGAAUUUUUGUUCUGAUCAGGCUUUUAAACUUUGCAAACGGCAGCUGUGAGCUCAAAUUUAAAGUAUAUGAUCAUAUAUAUAUAUAUGUAUAUAUAGUUGUAAUGAUGCGAAGGAAAAAUGGUAGUGGUGGCACUGGUACUAGUACAACGAUGAGGGUUUUGAAUCUGAUCGAGAGGCGGUGUUUGGCACCGCUCAAGCGAAACGACGACCUUCGCGAGAACGGCGCGCGGAUUUCCUCCCGCCACAGCUCGUACAAGAAGCUCGCUCAGCUUCCGCUCCUCAAGCUCUCCGUUCUCAAGCUCGACGGCUCUGUUUUCGAAAUUCAGGUUGGGAGGACUGCCACAAUAGCAGAGCUCAAACAAGCAGUAGAAGAUUUCUUUGGUCCCUCCCAAGACAAGAUUUCAUGGUCACUGGUUUGGGGGCAUUUCUGCUUGUGUCAUGUUGGUCAGAAGUUGAUUAACGACAGGGCGUACAUUCGGAAUUUUGGAAUUAAGGAUGGUGAUCAACUUGAAUUCAUUAGGCAUAUGUCCAUCAGCAACUCACCCUUGAAAAAAGGGUCGAAGAAUGAGAGUGUUCCAUACAAACAGCAACCUAUGUUGACAUACGGGCCAAGUUACUAUCCCAAUGAAGAAGAUCUGGAGGCAGGUCAUGUGCCUGAAUUCGUGCACAAAGACGAAGAAAAUUGUGGAGUGGAGGUUAAUGGCAGCAAUGCAGCAAUACAGGAGGACAACUCCAAUUACUAUCCCAAUGUAGAAGAUCUGGAGGCAGGUCCGGUGCCUGAAUUCAAGGCAGUUCACUUCUUGAAAGGGUGGCUCUCAUACUCGAAGGUCGUCGGGGGAUUCAAAAAAGGGAUCCGAAGGCAGGAAUCGUCCAUCGAAAUUCAGCCUACUUUCCUUAGGAAGCUGAUGUAGAAUGACUUAUUGACCUCACAUUUUGUGUGUUGGGAAGCUGUUGCAUGCUAAGGCCUAAAGAUGUUCUACAAGUUCAGCACUAAGUUUAUUGUAAAUGGUAGUUGGGUUAUCUCGAUAUAUUUUGACUCCUCCCUUGUAGUCUCUCAACACGCCCUUUCACACGGGCGCUACUCGAACAAAACACGUAAAUAAGAUAUUUGACAGAUUAAACACUCACCACAAAAAGGGGAUGUGCUCGAACCAAA